UGUAAACAACCCAAGAAGGCGGUCGGGUUUUCACGGAAAAUUUAAUUAUAUCCGUAGUUGGCCUUUGCUGGAGUGCCGGGCAGGAGGAACACCACAUUACUUGACCGAGGCCUAUUCAGACCAAUUAUUAGAUUGCUGUCCAGGGAGUACCUCGCAGAUCACCAGCAAAAGAUGUCCGUCAGCGCUCCCAGUGUGUUCAUGCUAAACGUGACAGGCCAGGUGGAGAGUGGAAAGUUUAUCGAAGGAGAUAAUCUUUAUUUUUCGUACUGCUUCACUUCGGGGCAAGACUGGGAGGCCAUUUCUGGUCUGGAAGAGUGCAUCUCUCAAAUAACACGUCGCAGUGAUGACGAGAGACAGAUCUUCACUUGGAACUUUCCGAUUGACAUUACCUUCAAAUCGACUAAUCCCUUUGGAUGGCCCCAGUUGGUGCUGAGUAUUUAUGGAACAGAUAUCUUUGGAAACGAGGUUGUUAUGGGGUACACAGCAUGUCACCUUCCGUUGGCUCCUGGAAAACAUACACGCAAACUCACCACCUUUGUACCAGAAUCUGCAUCUACCAUUCAAAAAUUCAUGGCCUGGCUGACGGGACGAAGACCAGAGUUUGUCGACCCAAAAUUAAUAGCACAGGGCAGAGGACGUGAAGUAACCCGUGUAAGAUCACAAGGAGAGGUAACGGUCUCCUUCAACGUAAUGAUGAAGGACUUUGCCAAGCUGGGGUAUGACUGCGGCGUACCUCCAAGAACACCCUACUUCGAUGUUCCCGUCCAGAACAUCAAAGGAACCGUGCUAAGCGGUGCGGGACACAGUGAAGCUUGAUACGUAUGGAUGAAAUAUAUGCUUAAUCCAUACAGCAUAAUCUCUGGUUGUAUAAACUUAAUAUGCUCUUCUUCCAUGCCUUGUAGUUUUAGCCAAAUGACAUAUACCCCUUAGAAAAUUUAUUAGUUGUGCUGUUGGCUGAAGCUUUAUAGUACAAAAGAGUUUUGCAAUUGAAAGGAACAGAGGAGUUGUAAUACUUCUGAGUGCUUCAGUGUAAGGGCAGCUGUCAUAUAUCAGUGCAUAGUAUAUUACCUUUUUUCAGAUUUUUUGCAUAAUUUUUUAUAUCUGAGAAAACUUUUCAAAAUGUUAUCUUGUGAAUAAUGGUAGAACUUUAAGGCUGUUUUGUAAUCUCUGUACUGCUAGUCAUUUGUGCAUAAAGCAUUAAGAUGCUUUAUGCACAAAUUUUAUUUUGUAAUUGAUGAUAACUAUAUUUAUAUAUUGGAUUACUGAACUCUUUUUAAUCAAGUGCUGAUGAUUUUUUCCUCAUUUGCCGAAGAACUUACAUUUGUUUUUUGUAAUCUUCUGAAAUUUGAAGUAAAAUCAUUUAAACAUCAUAUAUGAUUUGUUUUGUUAAUUAUUCCAUCAGUUCCACUGUUGCUGAUUUCUUUUUCAACAGGCAAAUAAAAGUGAAGAUAGGAGUGGCCAUUUUGAGUGCAAUUUAUUUCAGUAAUCAGUAUUUUUUUUAAUUUUUGUUAAAGUGCCUUCUUUUAUCCUGUUUUCUUUUUAACUUAAACAAAAAUUAUAUUCUUAGAACAUCAAGGUUAUGUUAUAGUUUGAAUGAUGGAAGAAAAUUGGGACAUGAAACUUGCAUGUGCUGCCGCUUCCAAUAUAUAUUAUUUCUGUGCAAUAUAUCAUUUUUUUACGUAUAUAUUUUAUUUCUGUAUCACAUAGACAAACCAAAUGAUGCACUUACUUUCUCUCUCCUUUCUUUUUUUCCUUUUUUUUAAGGAAAAGAAUAAUUUUUUCUAAUAAUAUCUUUUCGCUUUCGUUAUCUUUAAUUAUUCUUUGCGUUUGUUCAGGC